AUGGCUGCAUUGAUGCAAUCAAACAACGAACCUGUUACUAUCCCGAACUCAUUAUCCGGAACCUCCACCUCCAUCGUAUCAGGCCCCUCGGAAUCUAUCGCCUUUCUGAAACAGACGAAAGCAGAUUCAAACCUGACCUCUAUUGCUACCGCCGGACUAAACGUCUCGCGGUCAAGAGACUCAUUGCCACCCAUGAUAACAGCACCAGCGACUGGCUCAAUGGAUCGGGUUCUCGAGCAAGAAAAGGAGACGGAGCAGAAUAGCUCGCAAGUGGCAAGGGAGGCGCUAGGCGCCAGCGAGAAACAACAGGCAAAUUCGGUAAACGAUCCCAUGCAAAUAUCAUCCGAUCAAAUGCAGGUCGAUCCCCAUCCACCCUCGGGGAAUGCCGCAGAUACUUUUGGGGCAGCCGAGAAUACCUCACCGCUCAUCAACACAUCCACUGUCGCUAGCCCUGGCCCAAUAGAAGACUCGGCUUCUCAAGAUGGGGAUCGUCCACGCCAUCGGGACGAGAUUGAGAUCCAACAAGAUGCAAGCAACAAGUCCUUUUCUUACCCUAUGCCGACUGGAAGCCUUGGUGACCCACGUCGCGGCCUCAGUUUGCCCGGUUCGGGGUUCCACAAGGGGGGACAACGCUCGCCAACUAAAAAGCAUCGUUGUCCUUAUUGUGCGACGGAAUUCACAAGACAUCACAACCUAAAGAGUCACCUCCUCACGCAUAGUCAGGAGAAGCCGUACGUUUGCCAGACGUGCCAAUCGCGGUUCCGCAGGCUUCAUGAUCUGAAACGACACACGAAGCUCCAUACCGGCGAGCGCCCCCAUAUCUGUCCGAAAUGUGGGCGUCGAUUUGCUCGUGGCGAUGCUCUAGCUCGCCACAACAAGGGACAAGGGGGGUGCGCUGGACGCCGAGCGAGUAUGGGCAGCUAUGUUGCCGAAGACGAAUAUGGCGACACAACGGGCCCCGGAGGAGCUGAGGAUACCAUGGAUGGCCUUGUAUAUGCAGAGCCAGAGCGCAUGGAUGAGGAAGACGAACGACGAAUUAGCAUGCCCAGCAUAAAGAAGCCUGAUGUGUCUGCAGAGCCCGUUCCCGGGUCAAACACUGCAACUACCUACCAAUCCCGGACACCAAGUACAUACCCCCCUAUUGCUGCAGGCAGACCGUCCCCUGGAGGUCUUUUCCCUCCUUCAGCCAGCCAUGGCGGCUCUAGUUCAUCAACGUCCCCAAUCUCCCAGUCUGGAAACAUGACAUUUCCACCUCCAGGACAACCAUCUGGGACCUCGGUAUUUCAGCAUACCAAUAUUACAGAGAGCCCAAAAUCACUUUCGCCGAACGCUUUGCCCUCUCAUCAGUUAAGUCACGGCGCCGAGAGCGUCCAGCUACACCGUUCUCAUUCUCCUGGUGUAGCCCAGUCUUUCCAGCAGCAGCCAUACGGUAGGGCAGGACCCUCCCAAGGGUCCGUCACCAACCACUCCACGUCCAAUUUAGGUCUGCCGCCGCCUCAACCUGGUGCACCCCAGCUGCCUCCUCCGCCUGGCAUGAAUUCAUCUGAUUCCCGCUUCCCGCUUCACUCCCAAGGGUCUACGCAGCCACCGGCCACGAAACACAGUUCAUCACACAGCCACUCUAGCAAUCAUAAUGGGCUAUUGACGUCUAAAUCAGGACCCGAAGCGGCUGCCAAUAUUGGCGGUCCUCUUCUGGGGCCUCAUGACCCAGGUUAUAACGAUCAAAGCCGCGAACGCGAAGAUAAGCUUUGGGCGUAUGUUCGUUCUGUCCACGAGGAACUAGCCGGGCUGAAGACCGAGGUGGCUGCACUGAGGGCCCAGAUUUCAUCCUCAAGUGUCAACACAUUAGCCACCACAUCCAGUACGGGCGUCACACAAAACCAAUUCGAGGCGGGCUCUGCCAGCAAUGGACAACGAUGA